AUGGGCGCCUAUCUCUAUGGGCGCCUAUCUCUAUGGAUCUCUAUGGGCGCCUAUCUUUUUGGGCGCCUAUCUCUAUGGGCGCCUAUCUCUAUGGGCGCCUAUCUCUAUGCGCGCCUAUCUCUAGGGGCACCUAUCUCUAGGGGCGUCUAUCUCGAAGGGCGCCUAUCUCUAGGGGCGCCUCUCUCUAGGGGCGCCUAUCUCUAUGGGCGCCUCUCUCUAGGGGCGCGUGUCUCUAGGGGCGCCUAUCUCUAUGGGCGCCUCUCUCUAGCAGCGCGUGUCUCUAGGGGCGCCUAUCUCUAUGGGCGCCGAUCUCUAUGGAUCUCUAUGGGCGCCUAUCUCUGUGGGCGCCUAUCUCUAUGGGCGCCUAUCUCUAUGGGCGCCUAUCUCUAUGCGCGCCCAUCUCUAGGGGCUUCUAUCUCUAGGGGGUCGCCUGUCUAUAUGGGCGCCUAUCUCUAUGGGCGCCUAUCUCUAUGGAUCUCUAUGGGCGCCUAUCUUUUUGGGCGCCUAUCUCUAUGGGCGCCUAUCUCUAUGGGCGCCUAUCUCUAUGCGCGCCUAUCUCUAGGGGCACCUAUCUCUAGGGGCGUCUAUCUCGAAGGGCGCCUAUCUCUAGGGGCGCCUCUCUCUAGGGGCGCCUAUCUCUAUGGGCGCCUCUCUCUAGGGGCGCGUGUCUCUAGGGGCGCCUAUCUCUAUGGGCGCCUCUCUCUAGCAGCGCGUGUCUCUAGGGGCGCCUAUCUCUAUGGGCGCCUAUCUCUUUGGGCGCCUAUCUCUAUGGGCGCCUAUCUCUAUGGGCGCCUAUCUCUAUGCGCGCCUAUCUCUAGGGGCACCUAUCUCUAG